CGCGUCUGAUCUGCCAAGCCUGCAACGGCGCGACGCGUCCUGCCAUCCAACGUCAGCAUAGACACUGCUGUUAACAACGACCGCCGCCACUCCAUGGCUCCUUUGAAGCGUUCACGAGCCGAACAAGCACGGCAGAUCCUAUCGAGCGGAGCAGUCAUUCGCGAAGACUCGGACGACGAGCUCGGUUACGAGGACCAUCCUUGGGAAUGGAUAUACGAAGACGCAGGCGCUGAGCAGACGUCUGUAGACGACAAUGCAACACCUAGAAAACGAAAGGCGGCGCUACAACCGGCCACGAAACGGAUAACAGGUGCGCGCAUGGGAAGCUUCAUGUGCAAGCUUGGAGACGCUGUCUUGCUCAAGGCGGACGGCAACCAAGCAUGGGUCGGCAUUGUUAGCGAAUUCUAUGAAGACGAUGAAGACUACGAGAAGAUGGCGAGAUUUCUUUGGUUUUCGUCGGAACAGGAGAUACGAAACAAGAACAAGAAGCGCACCGACUUCCUCCCUAACGAGCUCUACAUAUCAUCAAAUUUCGACGACAAUCCGCUUGCCUCGAUCAACGGUACAGCUAAGAUCGUGUCGUAUGAAACGUUCCAGAAAUUGCACCCCACAGGCCAGAUCAAGAAGUCGUCGAAAGACUACGGCAAGAUGUUCGUGUGCAGAAGAGGCUGUAACACCCGCACAACGACGUAUACACCAGAGUUCAAUUGGGAAGAUGUUUAUAUCGGCGCCGACGAUAUACCCUUACUGAUAGAGCUGGUCGAGAGUCAGACUAAAGCGUCAAGGAAGGGAUCUUCUCGGCCAAAAAGACAGCAAGAUGAUCUAGACGAUUUCACAGAACAGGAUUCUGAAGAUGAUGGUGCACCGAAGACUCCACGGAAGCGCCGGAAAUUCAAUGACGCGGCAACCCCUACAUCGAAGAGAAAGAGUCCGGCCGCUCGAAAGUUCUUGACCCCAUCACACAAGCGCAUAGUGCUGAAGAAACAUCUGGAGUUCACUCCGCUUGGUACCCGACUGUUGUCACCUUCGGCACUUGCAUCACCAUUCCAGAUUGCCCGGAACCAACUCCACGUCUCAUCCGUACCUGCGGCACUCCCCUGUCGCGAGGAAGAGUUCUCGACCGUGUAUAGCCACCUCGAGGCCGCCAUCACAGACGGAUCGGGCUCGUGCAUCUAUAUCUCAGGCACACCGGGCACGGGAAAGACUGCCACGGUACGAGAGGUUGUAGCACAGUUGCAUGCAUCAGUGCAAGCUGAAGAGCUGGAUGAUUUCAUCUUCGUGGAGAUCAACGGCAUGAAGGUCACAGACCCGCAUCAGUCUUACUCGUUGUUGUGGCAGGCACUUCGCGGCGACAGAGUCAGCCCAUCUCAUGCACUAGAACUGUUGGAGCGCGAAUUCUCCGCGCCCAGCCCUCGUCGCGUCCCAUGCGUUGUUCUGAUGGAUGAGCUCGACCAACUUGUUACCAAAAAUCAGUCCGUCAUGUAUAAUUUCUUCAACUGGCCACAACUGCGGCACAGCAGACUAAUUGUCUUGGCGGUCGCAAACACUAUGGAUCUCCCGGAACGCACUCUGAGCAAUAAGAUCAGUAGUCGACUAGGGCUAACGCGAAUCACCUUUCCUGGCUAUACUCACGACCAAUUGAUGCAGAUCAUUCAAUCUCGCCUGGAGGGCGUUCCAGGUAACAUCGUUCUCCCGGAUGCCGUUCAGUUCGCGGCGCGUAAAGUCGCAGCUGUAAGUGGUGACGCCCGACGUGCACUAGACAUUUGCAGACGCGCUGUGGAAAUCGCAGAGACAGAAGUCGCGUCACAAGGUCAAGAUGAUGAGGCGCCCUCAACCCCGAGUCGGACCGGUCGCGGGAACAACGCGAACACUCUUCAAUCGUCCCGAUCGCACAACGGUCCCGAAGAGCUGGCAGUCAGCCCAACGAAACGUGGAGGACCUGCCGCUAGACGUAAGGGUGUAGUCACCCUCGCAACGAUCAGACAGGCUAUCAAUGAGGCCACGAGCAGCCCCCUGCAGCAGGCGCUCCGGGCGCUGCCGUUAGCGUCCAAGGUAUUUCUCGCUGCACUCUUGGCGCGGAUACGACGGACUGGCCUUGGUGAGGCAGUGCUUGGAGACGUCGUUGAUGAGGUUAAGAAGAUCGGCUUGAUGAGCCAGUUGCAGCCCGUGCAAAACUAUCUGCUUGCAUCAGGUGCUCAAGAUCGUACCACUGGUUUUUCCGGUCUAGACGUGCUGCCUGCAAGUCCUUCAAGGAACACCGAGCUCACCGAUACAACACCCAAGCAUGCAAAGCUCAAUGCUGCACGAGCUCUUGGUCUUGCGUCUGCUGCCACAGAACUUGCAGAAGCAGGUAUCAUCGGUAUCGAAGCCAGACACGGUGAGCGAGUCGGUCGUGUAAGGCUGGGUGUUGGUGAAGACGAGGUUCGACUCGCGCUCGGGGAAGACGCAUCAGUCAAGGGUAUGGGUUUCGGAGCCUGAGGAGAGCCUUCCCUAUCGCGACAUCCAUAUUCAGCUGUUGGAAACCUCGC